AGAUUAUAUUAAUUAAAACCCAACCGAUCGUCAUUCUCCACCCAAUUUACUCCUCACUCUUUAUAUAAACUAAAACAACAGUUUAGUUUCCUCUUAAAACUUAUCAUAACCAAACAAGCAUAGACGUUAAUAACCAAAAUAAUAACCUAUGAAUGGGUCAAAUGAGACGGUGGAGAGAAGAAUCGAACUCCGACGACCGUUGGUGGACACGGAGAAGAAACUUCCGUUAGAAGUCGGGCUCGAGAGCGUGUUAACGGAGAGUAGCUUGCCUUACCGGAGGCGCGUGUACUUAGGCAUGUGCAUAGAGUUAAAACUACUUCUCCGGUUAGCACUUCCGGCUAUACUUGUCUAUUUAAUCAACGGUGGAAUGGGUAUUUCCGCUCGUAUCUUCGCCGGACAUCUAGGCAGUACACAACUAGCCGCGGCAUCCAUCGGAAACAGCAGCUUCAGCCUCGUUUAUGCCCUCAUGUUGGGCAUGGGUAGUGCGGUCGAGACACUAUGUGGACAAGCGUAUGGUGCCCACCGGUACGAGAUGCUUGGGAUCUAUCUCCAAAGAGCAACCAUUGUCCUUGCUCUAGUUGGCUUUCCCAUGACAAUACUAUACACUUUUUCGUACCCGAUUCUUCUCCUCUUAGGCGAGCCUAAAACGGUAUCAUACAUGGGAUCUUUAUACAUCGCCGGACUCAUCCCUCAAAUCUUCGCUUACGCCGUCUACUUCACGGCCCAAAAGUUCCUCCAGGCCCAAAGCGUAGUGGCCCCGAGUGCGUACAUCUCAGCCGCCGCCCUCGUCCUCCAGAUAUCGCUGACGUGGAUCACCGUUUACGCAAUGGGCCAAGGCCUCAUGGGUAUAGCUUAUGUUCUUACUAUCUCUUGGUGGUUCAUAGUUGGAGCCCAAACGUUUUACGUUAUAACUAGCGUAAGGUUUAAAGACACUUGGACUGGUUUUAGCUGGAAAUCGUUACAUGGUCUUUGGAGCUUCUUUAAACUGUCUGCUGGCUCUGCGGUCAUGAUCUGUUUGGAACUGUGGUAUACACAGAUUCUGGUUCUUCUCGCUGGUUUGCUUAAAGAUCCUGCACUCUCUCUAGAUUCUCUAUCUAUCUGUAUGUCAAUUUCAGCAUUAUCAUUCAUGGUCUCCGUUGGCUUUAAUGCUGCUGUAAGUGUACGUACAAGUAAUGAGCUUGGAGCAGGAAAUCCGAAAUCGGCGUUAUUCUCUACAUGGACAGCGACUUUUGUAUCCUUCGUGAUCUCCGUCGUAGAGGCACUUGUCGUGAUUGCGUCACGUGACAACGUCAGCUACAUUUUCACGUCGGAUGCUGACGUGGCUAAGGCCGUCUCUGACCUAUGUCCUUUUCUCGCCGUCACCAUUAUUCUUAACGGAAUCCAACCUGUCUUGUCCGGAGUGGCAGUGGGAUGUGGAUGGCAGACAUACGUGGCAUAUGUGAAUAUUGGUUGUUACUAUAUAGUUGGUAUUCCAAUUGGAUGUAUUCUCGGCUUCACUUUCAAUUUUCAAGCAAAGGGGAUAUGGACCGGGAUGAUUGGAGGCACCCUCAUGCAAACACUAAUCUUACUUUACGUCACGUAUCAAGCAGAUUGGGAUAAAGAGGUUGAAAAAGCGAGAAAGCGAUUGGAUAUGUGGGACGACAAAGAGCCUCUCCAGAAUUAGUAAUUUUGUUAUGAAGUAAAUUUGUUUUUGAAAGAAAGAUCCUUUUUCAAAAGUUUUUUUUUUUGUAAUAGUUAGUUCACAGAACCAACUAUUCACUAGAUUCCUUGGGAGAAAAUAUUUUAGGCUAAAUCUGAUGGAUUAGUCUCAAUCUAGUAAAACCUGUUUUCAAAUGGAUCUAUUCUUGUUUUCGAAGUAAGCAUUUAAUAAUUUAUCAUGCAUGUUAAUGUAACAAUUAACUAGCAAAUCAAUGUGGCUUGGUUCUGCAGUUUCUUUAACGAAG